AACACACACAAAACCAAGGAAAGUGGCAUAGGAUGGGCCGGUUUGCAAUCGUUCCGAGAGGAGCGGAUCACUUGGUUUCUGCCAUGCCGACCUCUCCCUCUCCCUCUCCCUCACUCACUCACAAAUGCUCACACAGGUCAAACCGCGAAGCCGCGCCGUCCGCAACCAGGCGCCAACAUGAAAAGAUCCGGCCACCCGCCGCCCACUUGGCCUCGUCUCUCCUUCCGCCGGCGCCGCCGCCCUCCAAUAAUCUCUAGUUCCCACCGUCCUCCAAAAAAAAAAAAAAGAACUCAAAGACACAACUCGACAAAGCAAACCUCUGCGUCCCGCCACUCAUUGAUGGUGCACUUGAGCAGAUUCUCCUCGGUACACUUGACCUCUGCGACGAUCGUGACGGCAGGCGCGGCGCUGACGUGCGACGCCGUGGACGAAGCGGCGACCAGGCCCGUCGGUACCGUGCCGCCGCCAACCACGGGCGUGGUCGAGGUGACGGUGGCGGGGGCGGCAGCGGCGGCAAUGGCACCGGCCGCGUCGUGUCGUGGUGCGUUGUUGCCAGCAGCGGCCAGAGGAGCCGCAGUGGCCAAGGUGGCGAUGGUGCCGAGGAGGGCCAGCAGGGCUGUUGGGUUGAAUGGAGAUUGCAUCUUGGUGUGAGAAAUCCGGCCGAUUAUUUCCCUGUAUCUCCGCCUAUGUGUUGGGUGUGUAGAAGCGAGAUGUGGUUGUCCCCAACAGCGACUACAGGUUGACUGAGAAGAGGAAAAAAAAACCCUCUCUGGUUCCGUCUGUCGUCUUUCACAGCAAAGUCGCAACACAAGCGCGCCGAAGCUGCUUCGGUAUUCCAAGACUGCUGCCCUUCCCCAGAUCUACAGCUGUCACGUCGCCCGGUAGAGUUGUUGCGUAAUGCCACUUCCCCAGAGAAACUUUUGAAAAGUCUCGCUGCGUCUCGGUUGGCCUUGUCUUUUUCUUCUUCAAAAAAAACUCUGGCCCAAUCCGCUUGCUUGGUCG